AUGCAAUUCACCGACGAGGAAGCCGAAAAUGUGAAGGCUUGGGUUGUGAAGCGCCUGGAGGACAUCUCCGACGCAGACUCCGACGUCCUGGCAGAUUACGUCCUGGCCCUUAUCAGAACCGACGCUCCGGAUGAUGAAAUCAAGAACAAUUCGAUCGAGAACUUGGAGGACUUUUUGAGAGAGAACACGACAUCAUUUGUGGACGAGUUGUUCGCGAAGUUUGGACCACAAGCUGCUCCUUCAAUUCCAGCGCCUCAGCCGCAAGCACAGGUUGCUCAGCCCCAGUCCCAAGCGCAACAUGAUCUCAACGCCGCAGCGGGACCGAGACCCGACUUUCAAAAUCGCAAGCGUACAUACAAUGAGGGGUUUCAGAGUGAAGGAGAUGGCAUGAACGGAAUGUCUCCGAACCGCGCCCUCAAAACUCCGCGCCGUGGGCGUGGCGGUGGCCGCGGCGACUGGUCUGGUCAUGGAAUGCAACAAUACCCCCAUGCUCAGGGUGGUUAUCCAAGCCAGAUAAUGCCAGGCUUUCCGCCAUUUGACCCGAAUGAUCCUAUGGCCGCUGCUAUGAUGAUGCAGGGCAUGGGCUUCCCCCAGAUGCCCGGUAUGCCGGGUAUGCCGGGGAUGCCGGGGAUGCCUGGCGGUCCAGGUCAGCCUAAUGCAGGACCGAUGGGUUCGAUCAAUCAGCGCUGCCCUUUCUACGACACACAAGGUAUUUGCUACCUCGGCGCUGCGUGCCCUUACCAACACGGCGAGUCUGGAUCCCAAAACGAGUACGACCCAAAGACCUCAUCAAUUGGUCUGGGCCGCGGAGGAGCCGGUUCCUCGCGUGGUGAUCGUGGGCGAGGCCGAGGUCGAGGCGGCCCUAAUGCGCGAGGCCGUGGGGGUCGAUCUGAUUUCUCAUCUGCGGGUCCGAAUGAGGAUCAGUCCAUCACCACAAUUGUGGUGGAGCAAAUCCCCGAGGACAAGUUGUCGGAGGAGUCGGUGCGCGAAUUCUUCUCACAAUUCGGCAACAUCACUGAAGUCACUUUGCAACCGCACAGAAAGCUGGCGUUAGUGAAGUACGAAUCCUACCCCGAGGCUAAGCAGGCCUGGUCCAGCCCCAAGGUCAUUUUCGACAAUCGAUUUGUCAAGGUCUACUGGCACAAGCCCAGACAAGAUGACAAAGCCGGCGAAUCUCAUCAUGAAACUGCUAGCUUUAAUCCAGAGGAGUUUGAGAGGCAGCAAGCAGAAGCCCAACGGGCACACGAGGAGAGGAUCAAAAAACGACGUGAAGCCGAAGAGGCGAAAGAAGCCCUUGAACGCCAACGCAAUGAACUUUUGAAGAAACACGAAGAGGAAAAAGCACGCCUCCUGCAGCGCAUUGGGGGAGGUGGCAAUACCGGCGACGCCAUGAAUACCGAUAGCGACCAAGACCAGUCUGGCCAGACCCGUCCCUCGGUUGACGACAAUGCGAGCGAGGUGACGAAGAAACUCCGCGCACAGCUUGCCGCUCUCGAAGCGGAGGCGAAGACACUCGGGAUUGAUCCUUCGCAUGGGGACUCUGCUCGUGGUGGCUAUCGUGGACGUGGUGGUUUCCGUGGGCGUGGAGCAUACCGUGGCCGUGGAGGAUUCGAUCUUUCAUAUCGGGGUGGGUAUCGCGGCCGUGGGGGCUUUGCUCCUCGGGGACGUGGCGGAGGUGUACUUCGUCUCGAUAAUCGGCCUCGACGAGUGGCUGUUUCGGGCAUCGUACCAGGAUCGGAAAACGACGAGGCUCUGCGGCAGCACUUGAUUGGUAUUGGUGAAUACGACUCGGUUGAACCCAAUCCUGAUCAGCCCAAUUCGGUGAUUGUGGCCUUCAAGGAACGCUACCAGGCUGAAAAAUUCAUGUUCAGUCGCUGGAAUGCCCCGUCAGCUGGAGAGGUCCAAAAGACAUGGAUUCCUAAUCCCCCCGUCUCGGUCCCCGCGGCGGCGACAUCAACCGAGAAGAACGGCACGGGUGAAGACGACCACGAUAUGAACGUACAAGGGGGCACCUCGGCUUUGCACGAAACGGCACCCAGCCAUAUGCCUCAACGAGAGAUGGAUUAUGAUGUUGCCGAGGAGGAUAGCUGGGGAGCGUAA